AUGAGUAACGACCUUGCAGUCAGUAUUUGUCUUGUUGGUGGACCUGAAGUAGGAAAAACUACUUUUGUUAAAGUCGUUAAAGAAUCAAUCUUUAAUGAAGAUUAUAUCUCUACUAUUACCAAAACAUAUUACGAAUAUGAAAGGACAGUUGACAACAUUCGGUUUCAUGGAAAUAUAAUUGAUUUUUCAGGACAUGAACUGACUGAUGGAAAUAAAAGUUGUUUUCCUCAGUUUUUAGAUGGAAAAAUUCAUAUUGCUUCUGGAUCUGCUUCAGAUCAAUCACAUCAAAUACACCGUCAUGUCACUUCGGCAGUCAAUAGAAGAAAAGACUGUCAUGACGUUUCAUCAGUAAACGAAUCGUUCACACAAAUAUUAACUAAAUAG